AUGCAGGAGCAUAGAUCUCGCCCGGCCAUAAAAUAUGCCCUUGUCGAAUCAUACACCAAUGAGAACUAUGCCGAGAUUGUCUUACAGGCAGAGCAAACACUCUUCCGAGUCCGGAUAGUCCCUCAACUCGAUAGCCCUGAAUCCCAUUUGGUUUCUCGGAUGUACGAGCCUAGUGGAGAAUCCCUUCGGAGAUUGGUCGAGAAGCUUGGAUCGCUCUGUCAGCCAUUCUUCAGAGCACACGCACGUUACCGGGGCGAUGAUCUCGAUUCGGAGCUGCGGGACAACACGCAGAUCUUCUUGCAGCUGAAGUUCAAAGGCAGGUGUACAGAAUUGUCUGAACUUCCCCAGGAACAGCAACCCUGCGAGGAGUAUCCUGUUCGGCAUAAGAUUAGCACCGAUCUCCCGAGCUAUCAGCUCUCGGCCGUGAAAAAUAUCAGGACAUUUCAUGAGCGUAGAACGUACGAGGUAUCUAUCAAUGGGACCAGAUACUUCUGCAGAAUAGCUCCAGGCAGGUUUGACCACAUGUUCCAGAAUGAGUUUAAUGUAUUGAGAAGAAUAAAGAAGUGUGGCCUGUCUCUUCGCGUGCCUGAACUGAAGGGAUUUGUGGGGGUCGAAGAACAGAUCCCGGGGAUGCUUGAAACAUUCAUCCCCCAUCAGUCGCGUCUCUCUGAUGUUGAUUUGACUGUGGCUGAUCUUGAAGAACGCUGCAAGUGGGUGACCCAGAUUGAGGAUACUGUCCGCAAACUUCAUCACUAUGGUAUUGUCUGGGGUAGAGUACGAGCGUCAAAUGUUCUGAUCGAUCAUCACAGGGAUGCAUGGAUUGUGGAUUUUCAAGAAAGUCUGCUUAGACUUGAGCCGUUUGAUAUCGAUGAAGUUGAAUCCAUGGAUAGAGCCAUGAAGAAAGACUUGGAGGGCCUGGACAAGAUAAACGAGUUUUUGCAUCUGUCAGCUUGAGCGACGAGUUAGACGUGGUUGUGGUAGGUUCGCUUUUUUAGUGAAUUGAAAAGCUUAACCAGCCAGUGAAUGAGGACACAGAAUAUACGUAGAAAAG